UAAUUUUUGCUGGAGUCUACAGAUCCUGAAUGAGGCUACUUUAUAGUUUUUGGGAGGCAUCAACAGGCAGAAAUACUUUUUGACCCACAAUGUCACUUCAGAUGUUCACCCUUACUUCCCAGUGCUUAGGAGAUACCCAUUAGUUGUCUCUUAAAUCAUUUAGGUUUCUGAUUUGAAUGGAUUUGUAUUGUGGAGCCACAUCCAGAUUAAGCACACCAAAAAAUGAGCUGGAAAAACUGAAGAGAAAGCUGUGAAAUGCUGUAACAAGGUCUUGCUUUUGUCAGUCUUUUAUCUAAAAAAAGAACCUUGAAAUUGUAACCCAUGGCUUUGUGCUGCCCAGACUAAAUGAUUUCAGCUCUUUUUAUGCUUACUCAAGGCUGCAGCUGGUCCAAAACACAGCAGAAAGAUUUAUUUGUGGUAAAAAAGUUUGACCGCAUAACUCCGAUCUUGGCCUCUUUGAACGGGCUAUCAGUGCCGUACUUGAUUUUUGUCAAAAUUCUUGUUUUUACUUUUGAGUCAUUGGCAAUAUGGCAUCUCCUUAUCUCUCCAGUCUGGUUUUAAAAUACUCCUCCACUAAGUCCUUGUGGUCUGUCCUGGUUCCCAGGACCAAAUGUAAGUUCUGGGUCGACCGUGCUUUUGCUGUGUUGGCUCCUAAACUCUGGAAUCAGUUUCCACCAGCUAUUAGAGAGAUCACACUCUUGGAGUGUUUUAAAAAAGAAUUGUUCCUCCAUUACAGCCUUUUAGCAUCAGCCUUGCCUUUUUAUUCUAUUUUAUGUUGGUUUUAUUCUCUGUUUUAAAAUUGUUUAACUUGGUUUUAUGUUUUUUAUUCUUUUUAUGUUUUACUAUGUCACAAUGCUCUGUGUUUGUUUUCCCUGUGUACAGCACUUUGGGCCUCCUUGACUGGUGGUGGAAGGUGCUUUAUAAUUAAUAAAUGAAAAUGAAAUGAAAGGGACCCCCGAGAUCCAGAUGCUGCAGAAAGUUGCAGAGCUCAAAUCCCACAUCAACCGCAUCAGUACCAAAAAAAGCACCUUCAUCCACAUCCCUAGCUGUCAACCAACACCAACCAGACCAUCCAGAGACACAAUGCCACUGAGGCCAUCUGAUUCUAGAAAAAAGAGGGGUCAGAUCUGCCCAAACAGUAGGAGCAGAAAGGCAAAUGUGCUGUGAAUCAAGUGCAAGAAAUAUAGUUGCAAAAAACACACUCAGAGUGCCACACAUACAUCUAGGCAUCACAUAUUUGUGCAGGUUCUUGGACACUAGAUUUGCCUGCUUGUUUUUUGUUUUUUGUUUUCAAUUAAACUUUUUAAGGUUCUAUUUUUGUUCUGACUUUUUCUGCUUUUAAUUUGUAUUUUUAUUCACGCUUUGUAACUGAGAGAGGAAAAUGUCUUUGUAAUAUUUUUAAAGCCAAUGUAUAUGGGUCGAAACUCAUCCAAACACCAUAAAUGUUACUAUACUUCAUAUCAUAAAAUAAAUAAAUGAAUAAAUAAAACAAAAUAUAUAAAGAAGUGUGUUUAAUGUCCCUCUGUGAUAGUAGAGUGACGCAGCAAACUUUUGUUUAUUACUCUGAUUUUUUUUUGAGGAUUUUAAAAUUUUUCUAAAAUUGAAAAUGAAAAAGAGGCAGAAAAAAGGCCAAAAGGUAAAGACGAAAAGCAUUGAAACUAUCAAUUUCAUAGAUAAGGAAGCCCAACAAGAAUACCAAGAGAUGGGAAAAAAUUAAUGACAAUUAAUGUUUGAAUAUAUUUAAUAGGUGAUGUAAGAUGAGGGUUGAAACCGACUCAUUAACAGAAGGCAUGGUAACAGAAAGCUAAUACAAUAGUCUAAAUCAAAUAAAUAGCAAAAAUAAAUAUUUCAAUUGUGCAAAUAACAUUAUUCUCAAGACUUUCUUACAAAAAGAGUGAUAAAUGUGUGAAUGUGGAUAUAAAGGAGGCAUUUGUACAUUUCUAAAGGUGACCUUUUCCCCCUUGAGUCUGCUUUUUUAUUGACAAAAUUCAAAAUUAUACAACAUUUUUCCAUUUUAGAACAUUGACAUAAAAAACAUAAGGCAGUAUAACAUUUUGCAGAUAAAAAGCUAGAACAAAGUUUAAACAGUAGAAGAAGGAAAAAAACAUACAUACAUAUGAUACCAAACUAAAAAAAAUAAAAUCAUUAAGCUUCCGUCUGCUUCAAAGACAGUUUGCAUUUUGCCUCGUAAUGUACACGUUUAGUGUGCGCAUGCGUGGCCAACUCCAUAAUUUACCACUAGAGGGUGCUAAAGACCACAUUAACGACAAGUCCCUACGACUCCAUCAAAUUUAAAGCACGCGCUCCCUCAAACUCCAGCACAUAACACAGAGAACCGGAAACAAAUCGAGUUUUUAAACUUUAUUCAUUUGGUUUAUAUUUCUUGUACAUUUUUAAUAGCAAAUAUGAAAAUAAACUGCGAAAUAUUAAUUGUAUAUAUGACUCACUUCAAUAACCGGGUUAAACGAGUUUAAAGCAGACGCUGGUGUAACAUGGUAAUUUAAAAAUGGACUUUACUGUAUGAAGUGCAGUAAAAUACAGCUUGAUUAGUGAGCCUGCCAUGUCUGAGCAAAGCAGGAGGCGCGCAUAGGAGCAAUAAUCCUGCGUGGUCCAGUUGCAUCCUCCCUCCCCCGUGCGCUCUCGUUCAAGGGCAAACCGAGGUGCCGCUGCAGCGCGCUGCUGGAAAACAGCGCAGCAUCCUCUGCACGCUCGCCGGACCUUUUCCUUUUUGUGGAAUGAAAACAGAAGAACUCCAGGACCGCCUGGGGAAGAGGAUGAACUUUUGCGUGCAGUAAAAGCUUUUCAAGAUGUCCAACAAGGGCUGAUUAACACCCCCAACCCCCCCUUUGCCGCGGGAACUGAUUUGUGCGCAAAAAUAAAAAAGUGGGGCUCUGGUGACAUGUUUGCGCGGGGCUGAUAGGAGUUUGGACUCACGGAGGAGAAAAAGUGGACCUGGAAAUGAAGUCAUGGAUUUUGCACGGAUGCUUUGGCUGUUCCUGCUGAAACCCGAUGAGCUGAACUCUGGAAACUGUGCCAAAUCUCAGAGUUUCAUAUCUGUGAGCAAAUUCUAGUAUAGGACGAUCAGGAUGAAAAGAUGGCAGCCAUGCUGUUACCAACUGGUCCUGAUGGCUUGCGGCGGUUCACUCGCGAAUCCUUGGCUGCCCUGGAGCGGCGGAUUGCGGAGGAUCACGCCAAAGGCUCCAAGGAUGGCCACGAGGCUCAGAAGAGCGGAGAGCCGCUCAAACCCAGGGUCGACCUGGAGGCAGGCAAGCAGCUGCCGCGCAUCUUCGGUGACAUCCCUCCUGAGCUGGUCGGGGUGCCACUGGAAGACAUUGACCCGUUUUAUUACAAGAACCAGAAGACUUUUGUAGUACUCAACAAAGGGAAGGCCAUCUUCAGAUUCAGCGCCACGUCUGCAAUUUACAUAUUUAGUCCUUUUCACUUCAUUCGAUCCAUCGCCAUUAAAGUUUUAGUCCAUUCAUUAUUUAGCUAUUUCAUAAUGUUCACCAUACUGACCAACUGUUUCUUCAUGGCCAUGUCUGACCCGCCAACGUGGACCAAAUACCUGGAGUACAUGUUCACCGGCAUUUAUACAUUUGAGUCAGCAAUCAAGAUUUUAGCGAGGGGAUUCUGCACAAUGCCGUUCACGUUCCUCAGAGACCCGUGGAACUGGCUGGAUUUCAUCGUCAUCGUCAUGGCAUACGUCACUGAAUUCAUCGACCUUGGAAACGUGUCCGCAUUGAGAACAUUUAGAGUGCUGCGAGCCCUAAAAACUAUCUCAGUUAUUCCAGGUCUGAAGACCAUCGUGGGUGCUCUGAUCCAGUCGGUGAAGAAGCUGGCGGAUGUGAUGAUCCUGACCGUCUUCUGCCUGAGCGUGUUCGCCCUCAUCGGCCUGCAGCUCUUCAUGGGGCUGCUGCGGCAGAAGUGCGUCCGCAGCCUCGGCCACUGCAUCAACUCCUCCUACACUCCCAAUACGACCUUCGUCUGCAACAACAGAACCUGGAGCUCACCCACAGACUUCCUCACCAACGAAGAUAAUUUCUACAAAGUUGAAGGAGCGAAGGAUGGCUUAAUAUGUGGAUAUGGGUCUGAUGCAGGGAAGUGCCCAGAUGGAUUUGAGUGCCUGAAAGUGGGGAGGAAUCCAAACUAUGGCUACACCAGUUUUGACACCUUCGGUUGGGCCUUUCUGGGACUUUUUCGCCUCAUGACCCAAGACUAUUGGGAGGAGCUGUUUCAUCAGACUCUGCGCUCCGCCGGAAAAACCUACAUGGUUUUCUUUGUGUUGGUAAUCUUCAUGGGCUCCUUUUACCUGGUGAAUCUGAUCCUGGCUGUGGUGGCCAUGGCCUACGAGGAACAGAACCAGGCGACCAUCGCGGAGGCCUGGCAAAAGGAAAGAGAGUUCCAGCUGGCCAUGGAGCACCUCCGACGAGAACAAAGAUUGGCAGCCAAAAGACAGGCGCAGGAGACAGAUUCGGUUGUGUCUCCGGAGCUUUCUCCGUUUUGUUUGAAGGCCAUGGGAAGCGUGCGACGCAGCAGCAGCAGGAGGCGACGCUCCUACAGGACUCUUUCAGAGGAGACUGCUGGAGAAGCUGCUGAGGAGAAGCUGGACCCUGUGGAUGAAGCUGGGCCUCCUCUGUCCCCCCUGCCAGCCCACCCCCUGCUGGCUACACUCUCCUCCCACCCUCUCAGCACCAGGAGGUCGAGUCAGAACAGCAUUUUCAGCUCCUUCCGGGUUCGCAACAAUUCAGAGGCCGACUUUGCAGACGACGAGUUCAGCAUUCAUGGAGACGUGUUCAGGAGUCGCACCAGUUCCGUGGCGACUCCUUGGAAGAGGAGGACGGGCAGCGUCAGGAGCCACUGCUCCCAAGUCUUCACCCCCAGCCUGAAUCUCAACGGUCGACUGAACAUCUCCCUGGACCAGAAUGGAGUCACCACCUUGGGUCUGCUCACACCCACAUCCAUGCCGGCCCGCAGCAUGGAGCGAGUCAGGGAGGACACUGUUUUUUGUGUCAAUCAGAAGCCCAGCAGUGCGGAGGAUACCACUCCUAGACCACCCCCCCAGCCCUCCCCCUCAGUGACAGAGCCUUGUUCGGUGCGCCGGAAACGAGUCCUGAGCUCCGUCAGCUUCCUUAGUGACGCCAUGGACGGUACGUCCUUCUAUAAGACUGCCAGCUUUACACAUAUACUCUGUUUCUCCUGGAAUCUCAAGAAAACUCAAUUUUACCAGCAGUUUUUCCCAUCUUUGAAGCUGUCCCAAGAGAAAGCUGGAAAAAACUUGAGUGUUAGAUCUCAAGGAUCAAAAAUAUAUUUAAAAAACAGAUGCAUUUUCCUUUCAUGCAUACCUCUUAAUCUGACAAUUAGAAAGCAUUGAGCAAAAGUGUAAAAAAAAAGUAUUUAAACGUGUUCAAAAAAAAUUUUUUUUUUCUGUCUAGAGUUGGAAGAAUCCAGGCAGAAAUGUCCUCCAUGCUGGUAUUCAUUUGCCAAAAGGUACCUGAUAUGGAGCUGCUGCCCCUGGUGGCUGAAGUUGAAGGAGUGGGUGAAGUUCAUGGUGAUGGAUCCUUUUCUGGAUCUUGGUAUCACCAUAUGCAUCGUGCUCAACACCCUGUUCAUGGCUCUGGAGCACUACCCCAUGACCGAUGAGUUCAACACCAUGCUGUCUGUGGGCAAUCUGGUGUUCACUGGGAUUUUUACAGCUGAGAUGGUGUUGAAACUGACCGCCUUGGACCCCUAUUACUACUUUCAGCAAGGCUGGAACAUCUUUGACGGUGUCAUUGUUUGCCUCAGCCUCAUGGAAUUGGGCCUUUCCAACGUAGAGGGACUCUCAGUGCUGCGAUCCUUCAGAUUGUUGCGAGUCUUCAAACUGGCAAAGUCCUGGCCAACCCUCAACACUCUCAUCAAGAUCAUCGGCAACUCUGUGGGGGCUCUAGGGAACCUGACCCUGGUGCUGGCCAUCAUAGUCUUCAUCUUUGCCGUCGUGGGCAUGCAGCUGUUUGGAAAGAACUACCAGGACUACGUGUGUAAGAUCGCCUUCGACUGUCAGCUGCCGCGCUGGCACAUGAAGGACUUCUUCCACUCCUUCCUGAUCGUGUUCAGGGUGCUGUGCGGCGAGUGGAUCGAGACCAUGUGGGACUGUAUGGAAGUGGCUGGACAGCCUCUCUGCAUUCUGGUGUUCAUGUUGGUCAUGGUCAUUGGGAACCUGGUGGUGUUGAAUCUCUUUCUGGCCCUGCUGCUCAGCUCCUUCAGCUCCGACAACCUCUCUGCUCCAGACGAAGAUGGAGAUUUGAACAACAUUCAGAUCGCCAUCGCCCGCAUCCAUUCUGGCAUCACGUGGCUCUUCAGCAGCGUCAUUGGCUUCUAUAACCGCAGCCUCAGGGGUCAAAAACACAAGACCAAAGAAGCCAACGAGAGCAUCAAGGUGGCCGUAAAUCAUAUGGAGAGCAAUGGGGGAAUCGUGUCACGCUACGGAGAGAAGUACAUCAUUCCAGACGAAGACAGCUACAUCACCAACCCCAACCUGACGGUCAUCGUUCCCAUCGCGCCUGGAGAGUCAGAUGUGGAGUUUCUUGAGGAGGAGGAGAACACAGAGUCAUCAGAGGAUGAAGACAAAGCAGAGAAGAUAAGCUUGUCAGAAGGCAGCACUGUGGACUUACGGAAACCCGGAGAGGAGGCGGAUGACCUGUCGGAACUGUCCGAGGACAGCAUGGAGCCGGAGGACUGCUUCCCUCAGUUCUGCCUGAGGCACUGUCAGUGCUGCAACAUUGACAUCAGCUCUGGUCUGGGUCUGGCUUGGUGGAGGCUGAGGAAGACCUGCUACCAGAUUGUGGAACACAGCUGGUUUGAGACGUUUAUCAUCUUCAUGAUUCUGCUCAGCAGUGGUGCUUUGGCAUUUGAAGAUAUCUACAUCGAGAGGAGAAAAGUCAUCAAGGUGAUCCUGGAAUAUGCUGACAAAGUUUUCUCCUACAUCUUUGUGCUGGAAAUGUUCCUCAAGUGGAUUGCUUACGGCUUCAAGAAAUAUUUUACCAACUACUGGUGCUGGCUGGACUUUCUGAUUGUGGACGUGUCCUUGAUAAGCCUGGUAGCAAACUCUCUGGGAUAUUCUGACUUUGCUGCCAUCAAAUCCUUAAGGACCCUCAGGGCUUUAAGACCUCUCAGAGCUCUGUCUAGAUUUGAGGGCAUGAGGGUGGUCGUCAAUGCUCUUAUAGGAGCCAUCCCUUCCAUCAUGAAUGUGCUGCUCGUCUGCCUGAUCUUCUGGCUUAUCUUCAGCAUCAUGGGAGUCAACCUGUUUGCCGGCAAGUUUGGAAAGUGUGUGAACAGAACGGGUUUCAUCCACAGCAUCUCCAUAGUGAACAACAAGUCGGACUGUCUAGCCAUGAAUGACACUCAGUUCUACUGGACCACAGUCAAGGUUAACUUUGACAAUGUGGGACUCGGAUAUCUUUCCCUUUUACAAGUGGCAACAUUUAAAGGCUGGAUGGAAAUAAUGAAUGCAGCUGUCGAUUCAAGAGGGGUUGAGGAGCAGCCCAGCAGAGAAAUCAACCUCUACAUGUACCUCUACUUUGUAGUUUUCAUCAUAUUUGGAUCAUUCUUUACCCUCAACCUCUUCAUUGGCGUUAUCAUUGACAACUUUAAUCAGCAGAAAAGAAAGAUAAGUGGACAUGAUAUCUUUAUGACAGAAGAGCAGAAGAAAUACUACAAUGCAAUGAAGAAGUUAGGUUCUAAAAAACCUCAAAAGCCAAUACCAAGGCCUGCUAACAUUCUUCAAGCCUUCUUCUUUGAUCUGGUGUCCAAGCAAGCCUUCGACAUCAUGAUCAUGAUGCUCAUCAUUGUUAACAUGGUGACCAUGAUGGUGGAAACGGAUGAGCAGUCAGAACAAACAGAAUCCAUUCUUAACACCAUCAACCUUGUCUUCAUCGUGAUCUUCACCACCGAGUGUCUGAUCAAGAUCUUUGCCCUUCGUUGUUAUUUUUUCACAGUUGCAUGGAACAUUUUUGACUUUGUCGUGAUAAUUCUUUCUAUUGUGGGGAUUGUACUUGCUGACAUUAUUGAGAAGUACUUUGUAUCUCCAACCCUGUUUCGAGUCAUCAGACUGGCAAGGAUAGGACGUGUACUCCGACUUAUUCGUGCUGCCAAAGGAAUAAGGACUUUACUGUUUGCCUUAAUGAUGUCCAUGCCAGCACUGUUCAACAUUGGCCUCCUGCUCUUCCUUGUUAUGUUCAUCUAUGCAAUAUUUGGGAUGGCAAACUUUGCCUAUGUCAAAAAACAAGACGGGAUUGAUGACAUGUUUAACUUUGAGACCUUUGGAAACAGCAUAAUCUGCCUUUUUCAGAUCAGCACCUCGGCAGGCUGGGACAACCUCCUUAGUCCUAUAAUGUCCAACUCUCCAGAGGAGUGCGACGUUCACUUUAUCAACACUGGUACUAACACCCGAGGGAACUGUGGAAACCCCUCCAUGGGCAUAGCUUUCUUUGUCAGCUACAUUAUCAUUUCUUUCCUCAUCGUGGUAAAUAUGUACAUAGCCAUCAUUCUGGAGAACUUUAGCGUUGCCACAGAAGAGAGCACGGAGCCGCUGAGCGAGGACGACUUUGAAAUGUUUUACGAGGUUUGGGAGAAGUUUGAUUCCGAGGCCACACAAUUUAUUGAGUUUUCAAUGUUACCAAGUUUUGCUGACGCUCUGUCAGAGCCGCUGCGCAUUGCAAAACCCAACAAGAUCCACCUGAUUUCUAUGGACCUUCCCAUGGUCAGUGGGGACAGGAUCCACUGUCUGGACAUCUUGUUUGCCUUUACUAAGCGUGUCCUUGGGGAGUCUGGGGAAAUGGACACCCUCAAACAGCAAAUGGAGGAAAAGUUCAUGAUGACCAAUCCCUCCAAAAUUUCCCACGAGCCCAUUACCUCCACCCUUCGCCGCAAAAUGGAGGAGGUGUCUGCAAUCAUCAUCCAGAGGGGUUACAGGAGACAUCUGGUGAGGAGGCAAAUGAAGCAAGCUUCCUAUCUCUAUAGACAAAUAAACUACGCAACCACAGUGGAUGUGGAAAAUGCCCCAGAGACAGAGGGGCUGCUAGCAACCAUGAUACAGCACUAUGGGAUCAUGGGGGCACAGACAUCAGAGAACAUUCUAAUCUCUUCACCUCCAUCUUACGACAGCGUGACACAGACAACUCUCCGGAGCCCCAGUGAGGUAGUCAGACCAACAUCUAGAGGUUAUGAACACCUGGAGCCCAGUGAAAACUACGAGGAGACUUUUCUUUGACAGUCAGUUAUACCAGUGAGAUUGAACUGUCUUUGUUUUGUUUACAAGUGACAAUUUCGAACAAAGUAACUGAUGGACAGACAGAUUUAUUUUUUAUAUCCUAGAAGACAUUGAAAACAUAUAUGCAACAUUUAACUGGCUAACACCCUCAUUUCCAGGUCUGCCCAACCCUUACUUUUUUCAAUUCUACCUACUGCUGACCACCUCAACCAAGAGUCCAAUACAACUUGAAAUCACUUGAACCCACUAAUUAUCGGCAAAUAGGCAAAUGAUUGCUUUAAAGUCUCUCUCCGAUCAUCUAAUCUAUUGUAAAAGUGUCCCAAGUGGUCUUUUAAUUAUGAUUAUGUCAUUUUUGGCCAAAAUUUAAAAGAAAAACUUGUUUUUGAAAGUAUAGUUUCUGUAGGAGAAAAUCAGAAAUUUUCCUGAGUUGUGGGUAGGACUGUUGACAUGGAGUUAGCUAGGACUAAUUUCCCAUCAUCCCUUUGUUUGCACUCUCUCCCGCUAGCUAACAGCCCCCCACAACCCUAACCCAGUGUUCGCAGUGCUCCAAAAAUGUCGAGCAAUAUCAGAGCUAUGCAGUUUUGAGCCACAUGGUUGUUCAGAUGAGGAAAACAAAUAUGUACAUGGAUCCAGUCGUCUACUAUUGGCUGGAUUAGCAUGUAGUGGAACAGAGAUGGGACUUUUUUCAUCUGGCCCUGAUUCACCAUGGUUUGGAUAAAGAAAUACUCAGAUACGCACUUUUAAUCUUAAUUUUCUUGAGAAAGAUGCUACAAAAACAUGUUAAAAACUAAAUUGUCAUUGGAGUGGGUCUUUAAAACAUAGGGUGGGAGGUGUUGUGGAGCAGGGUUGGGCAGCUCUGUUGUAGGAUUACUGAGAAAUAAAUGUGACAUUAUCAUAAUCUUCUGGGAAAAAAACAGGUCAGGGCUGUGAGACAAAGUUAAGAUCUUUUAACCAGGAAGAAACUAGUUUAGCAUAUAGUUAUGCUUGUAAGCUAACAUUGUCUGUAUUUUUGGAUGACGAGCAGAAACAGAUUUUGUACUCUUCAUUUUUCUAUAAAAAGACUUCCUAGUAUUGAAAACAAACAAAAGAAAACUCUGUGUGUGAAAUGAGACCAUCAAAUUAGCAAAUCUCUAUAUACUGAGAAACCUUUCUUUUUUUUUACUUUCUGGUGUAGCAAAAGAUAAAUUUCAUUCCAUAAAAAAACAUAAAUGUUUAUCUCUGUAUGUUUCUAAACAAGGAAGGCAAUAGAGACAGCUUAGAUUCAGAUCAGUAUAUAAGCAGUUUUCUGAAUGUUUACAAAUGCCCUCCACCUCCAUGUAUCUUCGUCCACAGAAAAGAUGGUUGGUUCCAUCUCUAAACAGGAAGCCAGUUAAAUCCACCGCCGUGUCAAAGCAACCAAUAAGAAGACACCCCCACUUCAGAAUGGGCGUGGCCUGAAUAAAUAAGGGGGGCUCAAGAGGAUCAAAAAGGAUCAGCUUAUAUUAAACAUGACUUUUAAACAAAUGCAAAAAUGAAAAAAGACUAGAUAGCCUUAAUGCCUCUUGAUAUGGUUUAUUUAUUCUUAGCUGAUUUCAUAGUAAAUUUGUUGACAUUUUUCAUAUAUUUUUUAAAUUUCUUCCCUUUUACUUUCCUUAAGACUUAUUUGAAAAUCUGCUGAGUUUUCAUUUAUAUGCAACCAUGGUAACAUGAAAAAGACUACUGUAGUCUAUCUAUUGAAAGUCACAAUUUCUAUUGAAUUUUUUGUGAAUUUUUAGUUUUAUUGAUAAUUUACUGAUAUAUGUUAUUGCACAGUAUUUAUUACCAGCAACACUUCCCACAUCUUUAUGGAUUUGUUAAAGUUAAAGUUAAAAGUCCCACUAUUUGUCACGCACCUA